AUGGUUUGCAAAACAGGAAGGUGCAGUAGGGUGUGCCGAGACUUAGUUAACCUGGCAGUCCCCACCUCCUUCCCCGGCGCCCCGCUGCCAGUGUGCGGACGGUUUGGCCAAGACACGCCGGCCCACGAAUGCCCAGGCGGGUCCCUUAUUUCUGAGAGUGGGAGGGAGAGAGUCCAGGCCCUCCAAGGACGCGCCCGGCUAGGGGGGCGCGGUGGCGCGGUGGGAGGGUGUCGUGUCCUCAGCAGGCCUCAGGGCGGCACUCUGGUCCCGCGGCCGGAGCGCUCGGGCGGGCCGCUGGGCGCCGACCCAUGCUGGCCGGGAACGUGUCUCCCGGUGACGCAGCCCCGGGUGGGGAACGUGGUGCGGCGGCGGCGGCGACCGUACGCGCCUCCGCCGCCUCCGAGAGAACGCGCGGUGCAGCGGCUGAGUGGCGGCGGCGACGUCUGGAGACCCGGAGCUGCCGGUCGGCGCGGGGGAGGGGAACGCCGGAGAGGUCUAGGAAGUAGGUCCCGGACUCCGCGCUCAACAAAGAGCGGGGCCGCCCCCAUCAGUGCAGGCAGAGCUGCGGGCGGAGGCUCCAUGUUGGGAAGCGGCGUCGUUCGUGCUCGUUAGCGGGAAUCAGGGAGCCGCGGGCC